AAUACGACAGCUGGUGACGGUAAUCCGGUGCGGCAUUCGUUAAUUAGUUUAGUGCCAGAAGAGGAUGUGCCGUUAUUGCUGGAAGCGAUGGCCGAAAAGUUGAAUUUCGAAUUCGAAGAUGUGACUUCGACGCCAUCCAGUUCGAAUGAAGGAAUAAUUCACGAUACGAAUGAGCGUCAACAACGCCGUAAAAUUCGUAACGUUAGCUUCAAUCACAUUUUCAUUCUCUUUUCAACGGCUUCGAAGCAUUGCGUCCAUCGAGUAGAUUUGAUUAUUGGUUUGUGCGCAUUCUACGAUCGCAUUCCAUCCAAAUAUCAGGCUUUACAGCGUUGGAAAGUCGAAUGA